AUGCCAUACGCUGACAACGAGAAAUUGGAGCCUGCACCUGUGGCCACAUUUGAGGCAGACGGCAAAGUUGAUGAUGGUUAUGAAAUAUACGCCAAAAAUGUCGAGAUUCAAGGUCAGCGAACACCCGAAGAGCAAGCAAUCUGGGAGAGAAAGAGUAAGAGGAUAGCUACCAAGUUUGAUAUCUACCUUUUGUUUAUGAUGUGUUGUCUUGUCGGUGUAAACUAUAUCGACAAAGCAGCUUUGGCAUGGGCUGUACUUUUUGACUUGAAGAAAGAUUUGGGUCUUGUGGGCAAUCAGUAUUCUUGGGUCUCAUCUAUGUUCUAUUUCGGAUAUCUCGCUGGUCAAAUACCUGCUUUUUAUUGUACUGCCCGUCUUCCUCUUGCCAAAGUUAUCAGCGCGACAUGUAUCAUGUGGGGUGCUUUGAUGCUUGGUACCAUGGGCUGCAGAAACUUUCAUGACAUGAUGGCGGUACGAUUUUUGCUUGGUGUCACCGAAGCCCCAUUAGUGCCAUCAUUGGUCAGCUACACUGCUCUAUUUUAUACACGAAAGGAGAACGCCGUCAGAACUCUGAUUUGGGGUGCUAUGCAGGGUACUUUCUACCUUAUCUUUACCUUGGUCGCCUACGGUCUUGGUCAUAUCAAGAAUGACGGAUUACAUCAAUGGGCUUGGAUAUAUCUCGUCCUGGGACUCAUAUCAAUCGCCUUGGGUGCAGGAUGGCUUUUCUUACCUGAUACCCCCAUCAAAGCUCGUUUCUUGACUGAGGAAGAAAAGAUCAUUGCCGUUGAACGUGUUGCCGAGAACAUGACUGGAACAAAGGGUUCAUCUAUUCAAGUUCAUCAAGUCGUAGACGCCUUGAAGGAUCCUAUGUACUAUCUCAGUCUACUCUACGUCUUCUUCGCAAUGGUUCCCAACGGUCUCUCCAGUUUCAACACUCUUGUAAUCUCCUCAUUCGGAUUCAAUCAAUUCAACACUCUCCUCGCUGGAUUGCCUUCUUCUAUCGUCUCAGCCGGUAGUUUGCUUGCGUGGGGUAUCGCUGCCAGGAAAUACGGAGGUCUUCGUACCCUUGGUAUGGUUCUACCACUCAUCCCAGCUAUAGCUGGCAUAGCAGCUGUUUACGCCACUACACACGGUAACCAUCCGAAGUGGGGAAGAGCUGUAGCUUAUUGGCUUAUCAACUCUUACGCUGUAACAUGGCCUUUCUUCCAAGCUCAUAUUGGAGUUAAUUUCGCUGGACACACAAAACGAUCAUUCAUUUACGGUUCGGUUUUAGUCGUAUUCGCCGCUGCCAAUAUCGUUGGACCAUUCAUUUUCCCUUCUGGAUCCAGCAAUUACUCUAAAGCAUUGGCUAUCAUCCUUGUGUUCUUCUGUAUCCAAGCCGUGAUCGCUGUGAUUAUCCGUGUCUACAUGAUUAUGAACAAUCGGCGUAGAGAUAGUCGAUUCGGUGCCGUUGAUAGACAAAGGGAGACUGAAGGUGCCCUGGAAGGUCUUUCAGACAAGACUGAUCGAGAAAACACCAACUUCAGAUACGUAUACUAG